UGGAGCCUUCCUGUACGCCUGCGCGCGGCGGCGACCGCGCUUGCGCAGACGGCCGGGCGGCAGCCGGGGUCACCCUGAGCCGCGGACGGCGUCGCGAUGCUGAGCAGGUUCCUGGGCCCGCGCUACCGCGAGCUGGCCAGAAACUGGCUUCCCACGGCAGGCAUGUGGGGCGCCGUGGGCACCGUGGGGCUGGUGUGGGCCACCGACUGGCGGCUAAUUCUGGACUGGGUGCCCUAUAUCAACGGCAAGUUCAAGAAAGAUGAUUAAACCGACCCUCGUUGGAUCCCUGGGGAGCCGGGAGCUCACCCUGCCCUGCUCCCCGGCAGGCGUCUGUCGGCGCGGCCCCCGUCCCUGUCCGCUCGCGCGCUUCCUGGAGCCGCCCAGGGCCUCAGGAUGGACCUCGGGAGACCCGCAGCGUGACUUAGGACUCCGCCUUUCCGGGAGUAGCUUUCGUGUUUGAAUGCACACAGCAUUAAACCGUGCUCUGAAACCCGCCCCACCUGGACGUGCUCAUGCUAGUGACUUGGUAACCUUCACUGCAGCCCUGGUGGCCCGAGUCACCCCGGGGGUCCUUCCAGUGCCGAAAUUUUGCAAAUCUAGGAAUUUCUCCAUGGCUAGCAGAAACUGAUCACUUGCGAUGAUUAACGGGUAAUCCUUGUACGGCGUACCUCCCGCCGCUUUGAGAAAUUUCCCCACCACUUGGUGUAAAAUGCAGCCGUCUCUUACCUCCCGGUU